AACCUAAUCGAAGCCCAACUUGAACAAAGCCCUUCAGGUAUGAAACGGCGUCGCAUCUGACUGUGACAGACUGACAGCAGCCUCCGGCAGCCAUUCUUUGAGAUCUCCGCGUUCACAUGUAUGAGCUUCUUCUGUGUAUGCAUUCGUUUGAUUACACAGUUGUUGAAAGGUGAAGUUUGAUCACAAGAGGUAAAGAUCAUCUUUUUGUCAACUCUCAUUUAAAAUCAAGAUUCCAUCUUUUUCUCCUCUUUUAAUCCAUCUGUUUAAGGUUCUGCUUAAUAUCCUUAAAUAGGAAAUGUCUCUACUCCAUGUAGCAUCAUGUGCCCUUUGCGCACAUUCUUGAUUUGGAAUGAUUAUAGUUGAUGUUGAGGUCCCGUGUAUAAUAGACCCUUGUGGUUCUGCCCUGAACCAGUGCAUAGCGGGACCUUUACCCCUUUUUUUCUUAGUUACAUGAGUGUGAACAUGUAUGAUCUGCUUGAUAGAAUUUAUGAUAACACAUUUCUGAUGUAAAGUUAUUUUUUUGAAAAGUUUAUUGUUAGCUAUCCAUUAAUUUGUUUGUACUAGUUGAUCAUAAACUUAUUAGAAUAUUUUUUCCUUUUUUUAAAAUGGUCUAUUAACUUAUCCGACAAUUAGUUAUCAGUAUGUAUGAUAUGCAGUUCUUUCUUUGUUUGUGAAAUUUUGCUAAACACUGUGGGGAUGUCUAUUCAGUUUCCUUUUGUUUUCUUUUAUGGUGCUUAGUUGGGAUAACUUUAUGCUCAAUAUGGUUGCUGCUGCAUAUCACCAAGCAAUAUGCUUCACUGCCAACGAGGGUGCUAGGGACUUCCUGGUCACAUCUUCAUCUGGGAGUCUUAAAAUGAAACCAGUGUUUAGAAAAGAGAGAUGCAGUUUGAGGCAGUAUGUAAACUGUGUGAAGUAUUCAUCAGAGUCACCUUUAUGUGCUAUUAAGCCAAUUUUCUCCUCAUUAUCAAGUACCAAUGAUUCGCGGAGAACAGUACGUGAGUACACUCCUUCCCAGUAAUUCUUGUUAUCAUCUAUCAAAAACUGAAUCAUACUUGAUCUUAAUACGGCAUGGAGAAUCAAUGUGGAAUGAAAAGAACUUGUUCACUGGUUGUGUAGAUGUGCCACUCACCACUAAAGGCGUUGAUGAAGCAAUUGAAGCCGGUAAGAGAAUUAGACACUUACCCAUUGAUGUUGUCUACAUCUCUACAUUGAUUCGUUCUCAGAUGACGGCCAUGCUUGCCCUAACAGAGCACCACUGCAAGAAGGUGCCCAUUAUUGUACACGAUGAGACUGAACAAGCCAAAGUAUGGAGUCAAAUUUAUAGUGAAGGCACCGAGAUGCAGUCUGUUCCUGUUGUUAAAGCAUGGCAACUGAAUGAAAGAAUGUACGGGGAACUUCAAGGGUUUAAUAAGAUGGAAACAGCUGAAAGAUGCGGAAAAGAGCAAGUCUAUAAAUGGCGCCGAAGCUAUGAUGCUCGACCACCCAACGGUGAGAGCUUGGAAAUGUGCUUGCGAAGAGCUGUUACCUAUUUUAAAGAGCAAAUUGAACCCCAACUUUCCAGUGGAAAGAAUGUAAUGGUAGUAGCUCAUGCAAAUUCAUUGAGGUCCAUCCUAAUGUAUCUCGAUAAAUUGACUGCUGAGGAGGUCAUCCACUUAGAACUCUCAACUGGAGUGCCAAUGCUUUACAUAUAUAGAGAAAAUCAAUUCAUCAGGAGAGGAAGUCCCUUGGGAUCUACGGAGGAUGGAGUUUAUGCUUAUACAGAGAAUUUGGCCUUAUACAAGCAAAAUCUGUUAGAUGAAGUGUUAGAUGAAGUGUCAUUAUAACUUUUUCUCCGGAAAAGAAAAAGCUAUCAUGCAAGCUUAAAUAUGUUCAUGUUGUUAAGUUCAUUGAGGUAUCUUGAGUCGUCAAUAAUCCUGAGAAACACAAGAGCCAUGACGGAAGAAAGUUUUUGUAGCUACGUGCUGUGACAGUCAAUUUCUAGUGUUGCUCAACGCAAAUUGAGCCCCUCGUUAUGGUCAAGUGAAUACGCCAGUGGAGACCUGGCAACACAAUAUGAGGACUUCUUGCAGAACAAGGGAUAUCAGAUCAAAAGCUGAUUUCUACUUGCCUGUUUUCUGCUAUGGUCAUUUGAGGAACUAUGUGAAUUCAUUUUUAUGUUCCUUUAGCCAGGGUUUCUCCCAUUUACAUUAGAUAUAAUUGUUUUCUAUGGAGGGUUUAGGUUACAGAUUAGGUUGACAGCCCAAGAAAAAUGUUCGUUGGCAACAACAGCUUUCAAAAUUUCCAUUUCUUUGGUCCUGGAAGAUUAUUUCUAUAUGUUUAUUAAUGAUCUUUUUUCUGUUU